AUGCUGCCGAUUCGAACAUUGGUACGGACUGUACCUUCAAAGCGUCUAGUACCAGUCCUAGCUUCGCAAUUCUCCACGACUUCACGACUUGCGCUUCCAAACAGGACGGAUAUACCUUCGAAUAAUAAUCCAAAGAAUCCAAACCAACCACAUGUUCCGAACGUGAAUUCGACAUUGAGCACAGAAUUUCCGUCUGUCGGGAAGGCGCCACCGCCGCCAGAGUUUAUUGGAGCUGUAGACCCGAACUAUGCGAGCGGGUCAAAGUUCCCGACAACAGGCAAGGAAGGGGAGGUCAGUGGGUCUAUUAGGUCCGGGCAUGGCGUUCGGGAUCCCUCGGAGAGCGAUUGGGCAAAGUUUAUCGCUGAGCCUAUUAAGCGUGUUGGAGAAGAUGAGAGGACUAUGAGAGCUAGACUGGUUUAUCAAUCCCGUAAAAGAGGUAUUCUAGAAACUGAUCUAUUGCUGUCGACGUUCGCCGAUGAAAACCUGUCCAAGAUGUCAAUUGACCAGUUGCGAGAAUACGACUCGUUCCUUGACGAAAACGACUGGGAUAUCUACUACUGGUGCACUCAAGACCCUCCAGUAGAUCUUACUGAUGCUAUAACACAACCUGAAAUACCCACAAAAGACGGAGGUGCGGUUACCGAGACCACAGCGUACAAUACUUCCUCAUCGAAAAAGACAGCGAGUCCAGUACAUCCAGACGGAAAGAUCCAGUCACCGCCAGGGCCUCAGGGUCUUGGAAGCAUUGAGCAGCCGAUGAUGAACCGUGCGGGUUCUUGGGGAGAUAUCAAAGGAACUAAAGCCGUCACCGGGGAAUGGGCACAGACGGUUGGAACCGUCAAAGUUGCGUAUAAGCCUGUUCCAGAAAAAUGGCAGAAAAGCUGGGUUUUCAAGGCAAUUAGGGAUCAUGUCGAAGGAAGAAGAGCUAGAAAUGGGGGUGGUGAGAAGGCUAAGGGAAUGGGAAGAAUGCCAGAUUUAAGGGUCUAG